GGAGGACGGUGGAUUAUGUGGGUCGGUCUAAUUUCGGCCGAAGCCCGUAGAGCGUCUCCUCUCUUCUCCUUGUGCGACGCACAAACGGCCUUCUCUUCACACAGGACGAACAAGAACCCUAAUCCCCAAAUCCUCCACCUCUCUCAAAUCUUGAGACCUGGUCCCUAAAUCGGACCAUCGAUUGACUAUGCGGCAGCUCGUCUUGAGAUCCUGUCGAUCCCGGGUGCGGCGGGGCAGCGACGGCGGUCUGGAAGCUCGCCGCGGCAGGACAGGACAAGCGGGGGUUGAGCAGCAGCGUCUGGCUUACUAGGACGGAAGUUGCAAAGCCGGUGCUGAAACCAACAGCGCGACGAAAACCGGGGCACCCCUGCCGGCGCCGCCGCCGCCGCCAGUAUCCAUCGUCAUCCACCCUUGGCCCGCCGCCUCCACUCCCUCCGGCUUUGGCCGCCGGUCUGCCAUAUAUACGCCCCUCAGAUCUCGCCGCUCAUCACCUCAUACACAGCAAACCUGCCAGCCAAAACCAAGAACGUACAUCCCAGGCCAGUGCCCCUUGCAAUGGCGGAGAGCAAGAUUGCUGCACCUGCCGCGGCGGAGGCGGAGGAUGGCAGUAGGAAGAAGACGGUGGUGCUGGUGGCCGUGGACGACAGCGACCACAGCUACCGCGCGCUGGAGUGGGCCGUGCGGCACGUGGCGACGACCGGCGCGGCUGCCGAGCUCGUCGUCGUCCACGCCAAGCCGCCCGCGUCCUCCGUCGUCAGCUUCGGCAGCCCCGCCGCCGCCGGGGACCUGGUGAGGGUGGUGGACGCGGACCUGCGGAAGCGGGCCGAGGACGUCGUCGACAGGGCGCGCCGCCUCUGCGUCGCCAACUCGGUGCAUGCUCUGAUAGAGGUGAUCGAAGGGGAGCCGAGGCACGUGCUCUGCAGCGCCGUCGACAAGCACCACGCCGACCUGCUCGCCGUCGGCAGCCACGGCUACGGCGCCAUCAAGAGGGCGUUUCUUGGGAGCGUGAGCGACUACUGCGCCCACCACGCGCACUGCUCCGUCAUGAUAGUCAAGCAGCCCAAGUCCAAGAACUGAUCGCCGUUUCCGGUCGCAUCACCAUUGCGUGCCGAGCUUUGCUGUAUCCCUUUGUGAUUUCCUAGAGUUUUGCGCACAUGACUAUGUCUCUGCAUGCACAUGUGUAUGCGUGUAAACAGUGUGGCGAAAUUUGAAGCACCACGUACGAGCUUACAUUUCCAGCAUCGCAAGCGACAAUGUUACUGAUUUUCAAAUGUGUUUCAAGUCGACGAAUACAGAUAAUCCAAGUAAACGCUCGCCAUGACGGAGGCACGUA